GUCUUGUUGCUAAGGGAAAGUAAUCAGUUGUUUAGCACUUGCUUCUUGGCACUUACGCAAUUCCUUCACACCAGACAAAAGCAAACGUGUAAUGGCCUUCAGUUUAAUCUACGAGAUCAGAGAGUUGCAGAUAGGUAACAUUAUCUCGCGUAAAAUGGUUUGAUGAAAAGUGUUAAAAUACUGCUGUAUUAAUAGUGUUUCCAGUAAAGGGUAAAGUGAAUUCUAAAUACUGCCGUCUAAACGGAACUGGAAUGAAGAAGUUUUGGUUUUAGAAGAAAGAAGAAUUUUCACGGUGAACGGGUGGGCUAGAAAUAGGAGCGGACAAUUCAGAGGCUGGCCCAAUUUUAUGCGAACAAUGGCGACCGGUGGUAAGGACGUGGGUGACUGUAACUGUUUAGAGAGGACAGAAAAAUGUUUUGUGACAAUAGAGAACAUGAAUCCAUGUUUAAAGAGAAUGGAGUAUGCAGUACGAGGCCCACUUGUAAUCAGGGCAUCCGAAAUCGAAAAGGAACUACAGGAGGGAGUCAAGAAGCCCUUUUCUGAAGUGAUCAAAGCCAAUAUUGGCGACUGCCAUGCAAUGGGACAGAAACCACUCACAUUUAUCAGGCAGGUUCUCGCCUUAGUUUCUUACCCAGCACUUCUUGAUGACCCCCGGUUCCCAACUGAUGCCAAGGCUCGAGCAAAAGAUAUCCUGGCUGGCUGCAGGGGUGGAAGCGUUGGAUCAUACACAGACUCCCCUGGUAUUGAGAUCAUAAGGAGACAUGUUGCACAAUACAUAGAGAGGAGAGAUGGGAUUGGCAGUAACUGGGAAAAUAUCAUUCUGUCGGCUGGAGCCUCUGAUGCUAUCAAGUCAGUGAUGAAGCUGUUGGUUAAUGAAGUUGAUGGCAAGAAGAGCGGAGUGAUGGUCCCCAUUCCCCAGUACCCUCUGUACUCAGCGACACUGGCUGAGUUCAACAUGCACCAGAUUGGCUACUACUUAGAUGAAUCACGAGCUUGGGGAAUGGAUAUAGCUGAGCUGCAGCGGUCUUUAGAUGAAGCAAAGAAGCAUUGUAUACCACGAGCCAUUGUCGUAAUCAACCCUGGAAAUCCUACAGGUCAGGUGCUUUCCAGAGAAAACAUAGAAGAAAUUAUAAAGUUUGCAUACAAGGAAGAACUCUUUAUAUUUGCAGAUGAGGUGUAUCAGGACAAUGUAUAUGAUCCAAAGAGCAAGUUCCAUUCCUUCAAGAGAGUUCUGAUAGAGAUGGGGGAACCAUAUCACAAAAUGGAGUUGGCUUCAUUUAUGUCAUGUUCAAAAGGGUACAUGGGAGAGUGUGGUCUACGUGGUGGUUAUUCAGAAGUUAUCAACUUAGAACCUGAUGUCAGAACAAUGUUAUUUAAAUCCAUCUCUGCCAUGUUGUGUCCAACAGUUCUUGGACAGAGUGUGAUGGAUGUAGUUGUGAAUCCACCGGUGCCAGGUGAGCCUUCCUACGAAGAGUUUACAAAGGAAAAGAAAGCAGUUCUGAAUUCAUUAGCAGAACGGGCCAAGAUGGUUGCUGAAACGUUUAACAGUAUUGAAGGAGUAUCUUGCAAUGAAGUUCAAGGCGCUAUGUAUGCUUUCCCAAAGCUUGAUCUACCAAAGAAAGCUAUUGAGAAGGCAGAAUCCUUGGGACAAUGUGCUGAUGUAUUUUAUGCAUUCCAGCUGCUUGAAAAUACAGGCAUCUGUAUAGUACCUGGUUCUGGCUUUGGGCAGAAAGCUGGCACAUUUCAUUUCAGGACUACAAUUCUCCCCCAACCAGAUAAGUUGAAGAUAAUGCUGAACAAAUUUAAGGAGUUCCACUUAAAGUUUCUCACACAAUAUAAGUAAGAAACUUAGUUAUUGGGCUCCCCUCUCUUCCUGUUUCCCUUUCAGCCAAUUUAAUCAUGUUAUGUUUUAUACAGGUGUCAUGAAGACAUUUUAAUGUGAUUUAUAUUGAAUUGAAGGUUGGGCACACAUUUACGUAUCAUUUAUUGUUAAAGAGUAAGAUUGUUCUGAAUGGCAAACUGUUCGGAAGAUGAAGUUCAGAGUUGGUCUGCAAAACUGAGGAAAGAGAACACUGAUGUGAAUAUGAUGAUGCAGGUGCUUGGAAUUUUUGUGUGCAAUAUUGACUUCAUCUUAGGAAUCUCUUUUGAGAAUUCUUGUUGGUCUCCAUUUUGAAUAUCCAGAGUUUGUUAUCCUGAUAAAUGCUGUUUGCAGAGAUUAGGAAUUGCAGUGCAUAGAAAUGUUAUGCUAUAGUAUUCAGUUGUUUAUAGUGGUGAUCUUAAAUAACUGAUAUUAAAGCAUCUAGUCACCAGUUACCAUAUUAGGUUUGAGCUGCAACACAUGCAGAUUAAUAGACCAAUUUAACAUGUUUUAAAACUGUUGUUCAAGCUGUAUAUGAAAAUGUAAAAUUAUUCUCUUUCCAGAAUCUGUUUCAUGUUUAUAAGAGGUUAGAUUUAGUAGGGCUGCAGAUAAGGUAGGACCAAGAUUUUAUUUAAUAACCUCAUAUCGCUUCAUGUAGUAUUAUUAGGGUUAUUAAAUUAAGGCGGGUGAGUUGUGAGGGGCAUCUAGCAUGCAUGGAGUUGAUAGAAGCAUAUACUAAUGAAUAGUCUGGAAAAAUAUUGUGGUAAUGGACCACUUGGGAGACCCAGGCAUUGAUGCAGGGGUUGAAUAUUAACAGAGUACUUAGAAAAAUAGGAAAUGAGCAUGUAUACUAUAUUCACCUUGCUCAGGAUAGGGACCAGUGUUGGGCUUUUAGGGACACAGUUAUGAACUUUCAGGUGGGCAAAUUUCCUGACCAUCUGAGCAACUGUGAAGUUUUUUAAAAAGCCAUCGAGUUGGUAUUUUUGUACCAAAAGUCAAUUAAUUAUUUAUGUGCCAUAAUUAAAUGUCAGGAAAUAUAAUAAUUAUAAUGAACAAUUAUACAAAAAGGGGAAUUAUAGAGUUAUAUUUAAUAUUUUAUUAAAAAAUAUAUUAGUGAAUAUCUGGCCCUUAUUAGUGACUACUGUCUGUAAUAUAUAAAAGUUUUAAGUCUUCCAUAAUUUAUUUUACAUAUAAUCAGUGCAGUUCUGAGUUAGUUCAAUCAGGAAAGUGACUAGCUACAGGAUGGAUAUCUAGGGUUUGAUUCCGGACAGGCACCAUGAUUAUUCUUUUUACCCCAUAUCCAGAUAAGCUCUGGGGCCCUGACCAAUUUUCUGUUCAGUAAGUGGUGGGGAUUAUUUUCCUGGUGGUAAUGUGGUCAGAGCUUGUACCUGACCACCGACCUCCAGUUAGUGACAUGGUUAGAAAUGAGUAGAGCUUUACCUACAUGUCCCUAUGUUGUUUCAUGGAAUAUAAGCAAGGGUAAAACUUUUGAAUCACCUUUAUACCUAGUAAAUGACUAACCUUUCAAUCAGUAUUUUGUUCAGAGUUGGCAGAAUUUUUAGGUGUUUUAAAAAAAUUUGUUUCUAUAAAAAUUAUGUUAACCUUUAAUAUCCCUACAUCAUGGCGUAUGCACAGUCCAAUUUGCUGUUUGUUACAUUAGUGUGUCACUAAGCCAUUAGAUACUAGUUAAAGGCUGGCCUGUAGUACCAUAGUAUGGCAUUUCAAUUCUCUUUUCUUAUAUGAUGAAGAUUCAUUAAAAGUAAGGUUAGGGUUAUGGAAUUAAGUUUUUUGGAUGUACCAUCAGUCUAGUCCUAACAAACUUCCAAAUUUGGACCUUCUAUUUCUCUGAAUUUCAAAUUCUUAAAAUAAUAUACCUCCACUUUCAGCCCCUUGCCUGAACCUCAGAAAUCUACUUUUGCAUCAGCUGGCUCGGUAUGAAAUCCAGCGGUGGUCAGCUGUUGUGAUUGCAUAUAUAUAUUUCAAGAAAGACCCUGGGCCAUGUAAUCAGUUAUUAGCAAACUACAGAGAUACUUCCUAGUGAUGAAGUCUUUUGUAUCAACAAAAAUUCUGUUAUUUUAUCAUUAAUGUUUCAAGGUAAUGAAUUUAAAAUAAUGCGUGGUUUAAAUUAUUUUGUUUAUUGAUAUGAGAUUAAAAGGUUUGCAGCAUAGCUCUAAAUCCUGCAAAACACAAAUUUGCUUAAACUAUACUGCAUCAAGUAGAUCUGUGAUAUUAAGAAUGUACAGUGGAUUCUGGUCAAUUGGGACACAUCAGGACUAGAACACUUUGCCCCAAUUAUGUGAAGUUCCAUGUAAAGAGUUAAAAAGGUUUGUUCUUUAAGAUUUGUCCCAAAUAAAUGGCUGGUCCGAUUAACUGAUGGCCCAAUUAACCGGACUCUACUUUAUUACAAAAAUACUGCAUGGCUUGGCAACCAUUAAGACUGCUUCUGAAAGGUCAGUGAAUCAGAGUUGUUAAGUAUCUGUCUUCUCUUUAAUUUUUCUCAGUUUAAAUAUGCAGUGGAUUAAUUGAUGGAAGUACAAUUGGGCAUAUCAUUUGCUAAUGAAUGGCAGUUAAAAAGGAGAGAUUGUCCACAAAAUGUUAAAUGUAAAAUUAAAAUUAGAGUUGAGAAUUAAUAUUAGAUUCAGGUUUCUUGGUGUGUACAAGGUGCUUGAAGCAUUUUGUAUGAUAUAUUAAUAAGACAAACCUAUGUUCAGUUGUAACUUGGUCCUGCAUGACAGUGGUAACUGAGAUUUGAGGUUAUGUAUGUGGAUGGUAGUCUUCUGGGUUGUGAUGUCAUGUAGACUUGUUGGUUCAGAAUGUUUAGGAAGAACUUAUUUCUUCCAUUUCUAGGUUUGAUAUAGCAGUCAGUAGUUUGGAGAUCAUUGUUUCAGGUAGCAGUGAUGAUUACCAUUGUGUGCCAACAAAAUGACAAAUUUAGAAAUGUAAUUAUAUGAUAAAUUUUUAUCUUAGGACUUAGUGGCAAUAUUGUAGAUUGAAUUUGGUGAUAUGGGUUGCAUUGAAUUUGGCAUACCUUGAUGAUUGGGAUUAUGACGUAUAUUCACAGUUCAAAGAAUCUGUUUGGAAAUAUGUGAUUUUGCGUUCUUUUCGUGAUGCGGAUUUUUUCCAUACUUUUAGUAUAAACAUGUUACAUGUGGUCUUCAUCAUGCUGAAUUUCUCUUUCCACGUAUUUUUCUUUUAACCAUAGACAUUACCAUAUUUUAUCUAUGUUGUGGCUAUAUAUUGGGUGCUAACUUUUAUUAGGUCACAAACUCGCUCAUUGAUGAAAAUGUCUGUGGUAGGACAGACUUCAGAUGUGAGGAUUCACAUCACAGUGUUCCUGUAUCAUAUCAGUUAUCGUAAAAGUCUGCAUGGGCCUGGGCCUCAGCACAGAUCAUGUUUUAAUCUGGACCGGGUUUGGGCCCGGUUCAGAUGAUAGCGAUCGAAAGUAACGUAGAACAUUCUGACCUUUCUCGGGCCAUUCUCUUUUGUAAAGAAAACUUAUUUGUAGUUGCACUCGUCAUGCUUGUGACACUGUUGAGCUCUAUAAAUGAGUUACACCAACUUGAUUUUCUUGGAGAUUUUCAUAACUGCCCCCCUCCCAGAAAUCACUCAGAGUAGCACCUUACAAACUAGGUAUCAGAUAUCUUUGUACCAAUCCUUAAAAGCCAAAAUAGCCAUAGAUACUCUUAGUGCAUCAUUAAAUAAUUCAUUCAAGGAUUACUGGCAUUUAUGCGUUAAUGAAAAGUCGGGUUUAGGUCUGGUACAGGUAACGUAUUUGAAGAUAGACUUCGGGCUCGGGCUUUAUGUUCCUUGGGUUGCACUGGAUGAAAUUCUAAAAUCUCAGCCCAUGCAGACCUGUAAGAUAUCUUGUGAUUGAAAAUUACAGUAAUUUGGUAUGCACUUAAUUUUCAGUGCUACCACAAUAACACUGAAAGAGUUUUACAAGUGCAUUGUGUUUAUUUCAGUAUCACUUAAAAUGUAUUAUGUAGUACAGGACGCCAUUGGCUGGAUUGAAUAAGGAGGAAAUACGAUAAAUCCUAUCCCACGUUGCAUGCUCGUAAUACUUAGCGUUUAAUGUCCACCAAGAUUCCUUAAUCCAUUUGUAGUGCAGUAUUAUGAGAUUCUGAACAAUAUCUUUUUCAUAAGCUUUUUAUUUGUUUUGUGACAUGUACAUAUUUUUUUGUUUUAUAUAUUUUUAACCAUUUUGAUAGAUUUUACCUCAGUGACUAUAGCAAUGAAUUCUUUUACUGAACUAUAAUAUUUAAUUAUGUUUGUGUUUGUACUUUUAUAUAGGUGUAUUUUGAUGCAUUUUAUUCUACUUGUAUUAUUUAUUCAGUUAUUCUUCAUUACACAUGGCUUCUUUCCUAUUGGGAAAGAUGGACAGUGUAAAAGCAACAUUAAAAUAUUAAUAAAUGUAUAUAUUACACAGCCA